AUGUCAGGAUUUUCUGAUUACAGAUACUCAACGCUAGACGAAGAAAUGGUUGCAAAGCUCGACAGUCUUAAGGGAAGGAGUCGAGCCCAGGAUCGGUUUCAUCCGCCGUCCAAGUUUGAGCAUGUUCUGUCCCAUUCAAACGCUUUAAAACAAUCGGGUGGUCCGCCGCUUGCCGGGGCAGCUUCGAGUAACGAUGUAAUUUAUACAAAGCCUGUCGUUUCCAUGACCUACGAUUACCCGCCCACAAACUUCGACUCUAAUCCGAUGUCAACGCCACCGGACAGUUUUUCGAUUUAUUCACCUACUAAGCUUUCAGAUAAUACAUACUCCUCCGGCCCGAGCGGCGACUCACCUCCGUCUCUUACCGAGUACGACAGCAAACCUCCCAGCUUUGACUUUGAUCAGCCGCCGAAAUCUCUAGACUUUCCUGAUCACUUUGACGAUCUUCCAUCUUAUGUUCAGCCCCAGGAGACAAUCUAUGACCAAAUCCCUGACGACCACUUCCACCACCACCAUCACCACCAUCGACCCACGACCGAAGAGCCGGAGAUGAUGGACCAGCGACUUAACAAACGCCCCUAUUCCUACUACUAUAUCGGGAGAAAGCUCUGGUACAUCCCGCUAUACUUCAGCAUCUACUUUAUAAUCUACAUUGGGGCUCUGGUUCUCAAGAGCAUCGCCAGGCACAAGAUUAAUUUCCCCGCUCAUCUCGCCGCUGUGGCCGAACAUGGCAGGAGCGAUGAUGGUCACAGUUGGAGGGACUACCUGGAGAUGGUACUCGAGGGGAUCGAGAAGUACGGCAGGAUGCCUUGAAGAUUUUACGUUUCUUUUUCUAUGCGAUUUUUUAUGUAUGUAAAUAUUAUUAGGCGAAUCGUGUAAAUAAUUUUUUAACUAUAAGAUUGUGGUAACUGUAUUUAUUGUAAUAAAAAAUAAUCAAAAGUUACGUACAACA